CGCUCUGAACAGCUUCGAGAGCUCUCCCGCCACCCCAGCUCCCGCCCUCGACAGCCGCCGCCCCCAGCCAUCGCGAUAUCGCAGUCUGCCACUCGAGCGUUUCCUCACCGCAAAACCCGCCAGCGCACGCGCAAAGCCGCCCAGCCCACUAUGACCGACGCAACUCUCUUCGAAGACACCUUCUCUAUCAGCGACGUCAACUCGGGCAAAUACGACCGCGUCUCGCGCCUCAGGGGUCUCUCCGACGACAACUCGGUCGAUCUCACCCUCGACAUAAACCACGAGCUGUUCCCUGUCGAGCGCGGCGAGCGUCUCUCGGUCGUCCUGGCCAACACCAUCCGACUGGACGGCGUCAAGGAAGAUGCAAAGGCAGGGUGGAGAGACGUGCAGAGGAGCGGAGAGCAGACGCUGGCGGACAUGUACGACUAUGUGUGCUACGGCAAGGUGUACAGGGUCACUGGCGAGGAGAGCAACGGCAACAGCAAGGUCUAUCUCUCGUUCGGAGGAUUGCUGCUGGUCAUGUCCGGCCCGUAUAGGAAACUGACCGGCCUGAAGAUCGAGCACCUCUACCUGCUCGUCAAGCGCCAGUAGGCGCCCAGUCUGAAAGAAACUCACGAAGCACGCAACAACAGCAUGGCCGGCGUUCAGGGAAAAAGGCGGAGUGGUAUCAUUGGGUUGUCUAGUCUAUUUUGCUUCACGGAUACCCCCAGAGUGAGAGGCGUCCUUAGAUCUUCUACAUCCUGCUCUACUUCAUAGGGUAGGAAAUUCGAACUUGCGGUGCAGCCGCGCCACAAUCUCGAUGAAGUCUUUCUCGUUCUCCGGUGUCAGCAUGCCGUGCCGUAUGAAAAAAUCGAUCAUGACCGCCGCGCAGUUCGGCUUGAACUCGCCCUUCGCCAGAUGGUCCUUCACCUCGUCUACAGUCCACAGAUAGAACUGCUCGACCUCGUCGUCGCCCGGCUUGGGUACGAUGUCCUCGGGCAACUCAAGGUC